AUGAGCCCCCACCGCGACGGGCACGGGGCGAAUGGAGGGACGCGGGGACGGCGGCUGCCGGUGUCCCACCGCUGGAGGACACGUCCCGCGGACUCGACAGGGGCGGGAGAAAAACGAAACGGGGGCGACAAUACCGGGGAGGGCCGAGGCGCGGGGCGGGGCAAGAGGGGGGCGGCCCGGCGGCGCUUGGACUGCGUGGCCCGGUUCGGCUCGGCUCGGUUCGGCCCGGCCGCCGGGCGCGGCGCUCGCACCUGCAUUGCAGCAGCGGUGGAGCGCUCCGGGCCGCGGGCUCAGCUCUCGGCGCAGCGCUGCAUUGCAGCGCUGCAGGAGCCCCCUCCUUCCCCGCGCCCUUCUCCUCCCGCCGCCGCCUCUCAGCUCCGGGAGCGCAGACCGGGCACGGGUCGGCCCCGACGCUCCGGGCAGCUUCCCCCGCCGCCGCCGCGCGUGGGUCACCGAGACGUCCCCAACCCGGGGGCACUGCCGUGGGGAGGGGGACACGUCCCGCCCCGCUGUGCCCGUGCCGACCGGGGCUGUCAGCCACCGGCGUUCAGUGACCCCCACGCGGGGGCAGGGAGCGGCCCGGACCGUCCCGUCCCGUCCCGUCGGGACAGCCCGUCCUGCCCGCCCAGCCCCGAUCCCCGGUGCUGCGUCCCGAUACCAGAAAUCUCGGUCCGGCCGCGCCCCGCCCCGCGGUCAGUGGGACCUGAACCCCUCCGGCCGCCCCGCCUCGCGUGGGCCAAGUGCUGCCCUGCGCCAUCCCAACGGGCUGCCCGGAGCCGGGUCGGGAGCAAGGGGUGGUCGGGCCGGAACGGGGCAGAGCCGACGGGCGCUGUGUCCGGAUCCCGGGGCGGCCCCUCCGGCCGUUGCCCGACGGGACGGUCCGCAGCGCCGUCGGGUCACUUCGCUGCUCGUGGCGUGGGCGGAGAGAAGCGAGCAGCUCCGCGAUCCCGGCGCGCCGGGAGGAGAGGGACGGCCGCGCUCCGGGUUCCUCGCCUGGGGACAGCGGCUCAGGAGCCGGUGCCGGCCGGGCGCGACCGUGUCCCGCGUGGGUCCGACAGCCGCGACCCGCGACCGCUGCGCGCACAGAGCGCCGAGGGGAGCGGGGAUCCCGGUGGGAAGGAGCUCGGAGCCGCCGGGCGUCCCGGGACGUGUCCGCACGGCGGGGCGCGGGCACCCCCCGGGAUGUGCCGCCGCUCGCCCGCGCCGCCCGGCUGGGCUCCGGUGCAGCCGCAGCUGCAGAAAAUGGCUGCUCGGCGGAGCCCGCUGAAUCCUGCCGGGGGGGGGGGGGGUGGGGGGGACGGCGAGGAAGCGGCGGCACGGCCCUCCCCGGCGGCCGCGCCCCCCGGUGCCCGCGGUAGGCGGCGAGGGGGCGGUCGGGAGCCCGCGGGGCGGCCGGAGCGGAGCCCGGAGUCCGUACGGAGCCUCCCGCCCGGGCCUCACCUGCGGCGGGGCGGGGGCACGCCGAGCACGUGCCGGCCGGGGCGGGGGGCAGCUGUCGCACACCGGAGGGCCGAAGGCACGCCGCUCCCGCCCGCUACCUGGCGGCGGCCGUUCUCCCGCUCCGUUGGAAAGAAAGAAAAUGAAAUAAAUAAAAUAAAACCCGGGGCGGCAGCGCGGGCGCGGCGCUGCGAGGCUGCGGCGACGCCGCAACGAAAAGUCGGUCCCGCGACCCCGCGCCGAGCGGCCGCCCCCCGCCCGCCCCCGCGGCCGUUCUCCAUCGUCUGCCCGCGGGGCGGCGGCGGCGGACGCGCGUGGGAGCGGAGCCACCGCCUCCUACCGACGGGGGUUCGCUCCCCCCGCCAGCGCGGGGCGGUUAUCGCGCGUGUCCGCGUCUCGAGGGGGCGUCCCCGAAACGCGGCUGCGGCUCCGCGGGGCCGCGACGCUCCCCGCGGGGAAACGGCCGCGCGAGUCGGGGCUGCCGGCGGGACGGAGCGGCGCCGGACGCGGGAGGAGCGUGGCGGGGCCGGGGCUGCGCGCGGUCACCGGGAGCGCCGCGGGGAGGACGCGGGGACCGCCGCACCCGCCCGGCACGUCGUCCGCGGGGCCGCCCGCAGCCGGGGCGAGGAAAAGCCACCCGUCCUGCGUGGCGCCCCGGUCUCAGUUUCCGAGAGCGGCUUCCCUGCUCGCGCCCGACCCCGAGGCCCCGCCGUGCGGGGGGUCCGCCGCGUCUCACGGCGCCCUCCCGCCGAGCGCCGUCGGUGCCACCGGAGUACGGCGCUGCCGUUCCCACUCGCGACGCGCACGGCAGCCGAGGGGCAGCGCGGGGCUGAGGGCGCGGCCAGCGGGCGCCCGUCGGGGGGCACCGGGCCGGGGGUUGGGGGUUGGGGGGGGGCGGCUGGCGGCGGUCCCGGCCCCACGGGCGAAGGGGGGGGCGCGGGGGGGGCGGCGGGCCCGUUCCACUCGUGA